CACUAUACAGAAUAAUGUAAACAAUAAUAAACCUGUAGACCUUAUAAAAUUUAUAAAUUAGUUAAAAUUAGUUGUGCUAAAUUUAACAUAAUCAUCAAUCAUAUAAUUUUUCAACUUGAUAGAGAACAAGACAGUAUUUUUGUUUAUAACAUAGAAAGAUUCUAGAUGAAUAAAGUUUUUAUAUUUUUUAGAAACCAUGACAGAUGUAUUUGAUCUUGGUGGUGGGGGAGAUGUCAAGAAACUUGAAAAGGACCUGACUUCUUUUCUUGGACCCUACGAACCAAUUAUCAUGAAAGCUCAGAGUUUACUUGUAUGGGAAUAUCCAUGGCGAAGUGCACUUUUAUUCAUUGCUAUUCAUGUAGUGUUCUGGCUUAUUAGCACCACUUCAUCAAAGUUUAUCUUUUUGUUGAGUGUGGCAGUAAUGUGUAUAGUCUUCAUUGAUACUUGGAAAAAUAAAAUAUGGCCUGAAAUUAGAGUUCCUCCUACAGAACCAGAGGACAGAGAUGGUUGGACUCCAGUUCAUCCACGAUUGCUGAGUGUGCCUGAACUAAGUACUCAUUUAAGUCAAACAAUUGACUUCAUUUUAAGAGCAUCAAGGUCUGUCCGUGAAUAUAGAAUCUCUCAUCCUCUUGUGUUUUGCUUGGGGAACACAGCCCUAUUCACUGUCACAGCUCUCAUUGGCUACUAUGUCUCAGGGUUCAUGCUACUUUACAUUUCAAUACUGAGUUUAAUGUUAUGGCCUUCUGUGUUGUACCAUUCCUUACUAAGAAAAAUUUAUGUCAAGCUGGAGCCUUGCUUCAUGCUCUUAGAAUACCAUUUGAGAAAUGCCUGUAAAUCUGUAACAACAUUAGGUGGACGAAUAAAUACUUCAAGACUUUACACAUCAGCCAGUGACAAGGGUACCUGUGUAGAGGUAGAUGAGGAUGACUUUUUACCACAGGCUGAUCCAGACAUUGCAGCAGCUUUAGCUAAAGCCAUCACAGACAGUGAAGAUGAAGCUGGAACCUCUUCAAUACCUACCCCAGGACUCUCAAAAAAUCCAUCCUUUAGUGACACUGAAAAUGAAACUCAAGAAAUAGACUUUGAGCCUGACAUCAACCAGAUGCCAUCCUUUGAUGAUCUUGACAACACGGAUGAUGAGAUGGAGUUCCCCUCCUUGACGACUGAAAGCAGUGCUCACCACUCAAGCCGCCUCAGUGCCCUUCAGUUUGCUGCUGCUCAUUUUGGAGAUUCAGAGUCUGAGGAUGAGCAGAUUCCUGCUAAAGAGCUUGACUUUCUUGAUGCUCCCAGCAGCAGCAGUGCCGCUAGCACCUCCUCGUCCCAGUCAGCUUUGUCUUCAAUAGCUGGGGCGCUGGUUGCUCGGACUAUAUCCACCAUGAUGGAAUCAGCUAUGCAAGGCUUGACCUCUCUCAGCCAGGGCCAGACAGCCUCAUCAUCAAGUUUAAUUUCACGAAACGGAUCAAAGAUAACCUACACGCGAACUGAAGAAGGGGAGAGCAUUGACUUCCAAAAUCCUGAACCCCCAAUAUAUGAGUCAGAUGAAGAAGAUGUUGAUGAUGAUGACGGCAGAGAACAAAUAGCUGAAAUUGAAAAAGAUUUUGAUUUCUUAACAGAUAUGGAUCCAGACACUGAAGAUAAUUAAUACUUGGUGGUUUUUUGCUUAUAAUGAUGGAUUUCUUAAAUAUAGUAAAAAAACCUGUUGUUAUAAACUGCAGCAACUCUUACCAAUGUACAUCAGAGGUUUUUCAAUUAGCCGUAGAGUAACUUUACAGGUCUUUUUAAAAAUAUCACCUUCUUAUACAUUUUAAGUGAAAAGCUGUGAGAAUUCUUGAUAUAAUUUAAAUAACAUUAAUGGGUCAUAAGAAAAUUGGGAAACUCCUGAUGUAGAUGUAAAGAAAAUUAAUGUUGGAUUGGAAGCAGUUCAUCAUAUUUUUUACCUACAGCAAGUUUUAGUUAGAAUGUAGCUGACCUAAUUAUAGUUUUAUUGAGUCUUUUAUUUUUGUUUGCUAUAUAGUUUUAAGUACAUCCUUGGGCUAAAAUUAGUGGUGACUCAAAAGUGUGAGCAAAGACUUUGUUUAGCCGUAGCACAUUAAAAAAACAAAUCUCGCCUUAUGCUAGUCUUGCAUUAUCAAACAUGAUACAUUAUUUACUCAUUAUUUUUUGCUGAACUCAUAACAGGAUGGUCUACUUUUAUUAAACCUGCCAGAUAUUUUAGACUAAGUCGAUCCAACUUAUUACCUGCCCUUCUUGAAUCUUAGAAUUUAUAUAGGCCUUUGACGAUGUGUUGGCCACGCGUUUUCUUAUUAUAUCUCCAUAGAAAUAGACCACAACAUGUGUACUGUAGAAGGCUGUUCCAUAAGUAAACUAAUUUGGUCAUUAUUUUAAACAGCGAUGUCAGUUAAAUUAAUUUUGCUUGUGAUUCUAAAGUAAGGUAAUUUUAAUUUUUGAAAAAAUUAAAUCUCCCUGUGAUUAAGGUGCAUUUUAAUUUAUUAAAGUUCAUAGUAUAUAACAUCCACCAUCAAACUUUACAUCUAACAGUGAAAACAAAAGUAACAUACAUCAGUUUGUGGAUUUAAUUUUUAAAGAAUUUAAUUUAUAUGGAAUCAAAACAUGCAAUUAUUUCUUUCAUUAUUUUGUGCUAUACUAUCUAUGCAUUGUGGUUGAACGUGUUUUAAAUCAGCUGUAUAGUUUGUUUCUUAUUGUAAUUGUAUGUUUUUGUAUUUUGUGAAAACAAUUUUUUUUUUAAAUUAGGCAAAACAUUUUUUAGAACCUGUGUUAUUUAUGGACAUUUUUCAGAACAUCUUAUUAUGUUUUGAUGAGUGUCUAAAAGUUUUUUAAAAAUUUGGACUUUGUAAAAUGUCCACUUAGACCUUUGAAAAUAUCCAGCUGAUUUUCUUUUAACCUUUAAAGCGCGCCAAACCACGAUUGUGGCUUUGCUGUUACACAACUUAUAAUGUGUAAGGCCGCGUGGCGCGUGCUUUAAUUGUUAAGGUAGGCAUUUUUAACACAUGUGAAAUAAUUUUAAUGCGAUUUUGUUAUAAAAAGGUGAAAAUUUUAAUGAAAGUUUUUUAUUUAGAAAAUUGAAACUGAUCUGGUAAUAAAAAUGUGUGCUUUACAAUACUUCAACAUUAAUUUAAACAUUCUUUUAUCCUGAUACAUUUAUUUACAAAAUGUUCCUUACUCAGUUGUAAUUAUAGUAAAAUAUGUAUAUAAUAUGAUGGUUCAGGACACAAAAAGGUAAUGUAUUUUUAAAAAAAUUACUUUAAUGUUUUAAAGUUAAAAAUUUUUUUUCCCCUAGCCUUAGGCAGCUUGACUUUCUGUUAGAAAAAAAAAUGUCAUUACUCCUGCAUCUAAGUGUUUUAUUUUCAUCCUAUCAUCCUUAUUGUGACUUCUGAGACCACUUGGUUUCUCUAAAUGUUUCACUGUGUGCCAUUUUCAGCCCAGUUUUAAAGUUUGAAAUGCAAUACUUCACCCCAUAUUUAAUUUCCUUAUGCUUGCUUUGUGGCUUCCUAUUAGAUGUAUAUGUGCCUCAUUUAAAAAAAGAAUUAAAUAGUUAUGUGCUGUUAAAUUUAGUUGGUAGUGGUGUUGUUCAUCUAGUAAACUGGGUUUUUAAGUGUUAUUUCUGUUGUUUACUAUUGAGAAAAACCUCUCCACAUAAUUGCUGCAGUAGCAAUUUUAAGGCUGUGUUGUACCGGUUUAGUGCUUUUGUACUGAUUAAAACUGUGAUUAAAAAUACCAUAGCUGUUUUUUAUAUCAAAUGUUUUUUUUUUAUUAUUAUGAACGUUUAACAAUAUUUUCUUGUUAUACUUUUAAUUUCAGUUUUCUUUCUAGUUUUUGUAAUAGUUAACUAAUAUUUGAGAUCACACCUAAUUCAAACAUCCCUUAUGUGCUAAACUGUACUUUUUCUUCUUUCUACCUGAAUCUGAAAUAUAAUCUGUUCCACUUGAAACGAUGUUAAAAAAGUUCUUUAAGGUUUUCAGAUUACAACCACUGGCUAACAUUCCAAGAAUCUGACAUACCAAGUGACUUUGGUGCUAGUUUGCUGUUUCACAACCAGAGGCAUCAUCUCAUGGUGAUCUAGAGACUAGACCAAACCUGCUCUUUUAACUUGUAGGUCUGUGUGAUUUUUUAAUGGUUUGCUUACACUUAUAGAUUUCUUUCUAAUGUUUAGAUGUGUAGGGUCGAAUGGAGUUGAGAAAUAUCUGUAUUUGUAUUUCUGAGUGGUGUGAUACCAUGUUGUACAGUAGAGAUGCUAUCUUUUUCCUUAGGUUUUGGCAUGCUACUGUGAAGGGUUCAAAUUUUUCUGUGUGGAUUAUGUCCCUUAGUAUCCAGCCCUGACUUAAUAUGUUAGUCAGGGGGGGGGUCAGCAUUGUGCUUGUUACAUAUACCAUUUUCUUUAGCCCUAGAAAUGAGUUUGCUUUUUUAACUUCUAAAUUAUGUCUCAGUGGUCUUUUUUUUUUACUUUACAUAAACGGUUUAUUUAAGCACUUCAUUUUUUUUCUACAUUAAAAAUACUUAAGUGAGUUAAAACAAAUUUUGUAUCACUUUAUAAUUGUAAAAAAAUAAAACAAAAGAAUAAGUUUUUAAAUGCCUAAAUUAAUCAAGUAGUCCUAUGUGACAAUACUGAUUUUUAAAAUACUUUUAAGCAGGAUUGUAUAUUUUAUUUAAACUUUCUUUACUUUAAUUAACAAGUUGUCAUAUUUAAACUUGACUUUUUUUAAGGCUCCGUAAAUUAUAAAUUACGUAAUAUUAUUUAUUGAAUAGAAGGCUUGUGACAGCGCGAGUUGAUUGGGUGAAAACAAAUAGUCUUGUAUUUUUUUUGUUGGGGUUGAAUUAUUGUACAAUAAAAGUUCAUAGUA